UUGGAAUUUUCUUUAUGCGUCUCAAAUUAAAUAUCUUCCCAGAGAGAUGGAAAAAUAGCUUACCAAUAGAUAUUUUCAAUUUCCAUCCACCGUCCGGAGCAGAGGAGCCAGAGAGAACAAAAUGUCGCCGACUAUCCUUACUCCGACGACUCUUCCACCGUCGUCUACUAUAUGGCCAUGUACCACAACUCAAAAGCUGACAACCAUUAGAUCACCACUCAAGCUCAAGUGUAGAGCUACUUCUUCAUCAUCGUCUAUAACAGACCUCGAUCUCUACGAUCUCUUGGGUAUUGACCGGAGCUCCGAUAAGUCUCAGAUCAAAGCAGCCUAUCGUUCUCUGCAGAAACGAUGUCAUCCAGAUAUCGCAGGAGUCCCAGGCCACGAUAUGGCCAUAAUCCUCAACGAGGCUUACAAGCUUCUAUCUGAUCCGAUCUCUCGCCAAGCCUAUGAUAAGGAGCAAGCAAAAUUGGAAGAACUAAGAGGCUACACAGGAAAACCGAUCUACUCGGUUUGGUGUGGAUCAGAGACUGAGCAACGAGCUGUGUUUGUGGACGAGGUCAAGUGCGUUGGUUGCUUGAAGUGUGCGCUGAUUGCAGAGAGAACAUUUGCUAUCGAAACAGCUCACGGGAGAGCCAGAGUUGUCGCUCAAUGGGCUGAUCCUGAACCCAAAAUCAAAGAAGCCAUCGAAGCUUGUCCAAUAGACUGCAUUUCAAUGGUGGAGAGAUCUGACCUUGCGCCAUUGGAGUUCCUUAUGUCAAAACAACCUCGAGGUAAAGUGAGGAUCGGUGUUGGAAACACUGUUGGCGAGCGUGUCUCCAAUGUUUUUGUUGAUGUCAAGAAGUUCCAGGAAAGAUACGCAGAAGCCAUGAGUAGAACCACAAGAGAGAGCUCUCAGGAGAGGGACUUGCAGAGUGAAGUAAGAAUGAGAGCAGUAGAGGCAAUUAGGUCUAUUUCCAGUUGGCUAUACUGGAGAUCAUCACCAUACUCAAAACCGUUGAGUUCAGAUUCAAACAUGAGCCUCACUUUUACCAAACGAAAAAAAUCGGCUGAUCCUGAUAUCAGAAAGCUUCAAGAUGCUGUGGCAGCAAUGAAAGAAGCAGAACAGAGAGGGAAAACCAAAGAAAAACGACCAGCUUCCCUUGUCAGAGAAGAUUAUUGGAUUCCAUCAAACCAAGCACUUCCCUCAUCCGAAAACAAUAGCAGUUCCAAGACUACCUCGAUUCCGCAAGUGACUCAUAAGAAAUCUCCAUUAGAAGAGAAUUCUACUACUAGAAGAGAAUUUAGAAGAGAGAAGUUCAGGAUAAAGAAAUUUCCAAUUGGAACAGCCACAGUAGCAGUGUUCCUGGUUCAGUUCCAAGCCAGCUACAGAGCAACUGAGCUCAGUGACCAUAUCGGUGGCUCUCUGGCGUUAUCCAUAGUUAACAGCCCAUGGCAGCAGAUUUUAUUAGCCGGGAUAACCUGGUACUUCAUUGGUGCAAUGCUACUCCAACUUGUGGAAGCUAUCCAAUCCAAGCAAGAAGAUAAAGAAACAUAGGCUCGUUAGAUAAAUAUAUAUAUAUGUACAGCAAAUCCUUUUUUAGCGCAGGUACUUGUUUACCUGCAUGUUAAACAUAUGUAACAACGAAGAUUAUACUAUACAACAAACAAAUGCUUAUACU